GGCUCAGUUCAGUACACAGUCGUUGCUAUUAACGUUCAGUUAUCAGGUUUCACAGACAAAAUGCGUCUGCGGAUGACCCAGUUUCUGUGCCUUGGGGCACUUCUAUUGCUAAGUCUUAUGCAACUCACGCAGGCAGUGGCCACACCCAACAACAAUAAUAAUAAUAAUAAUGCUAAGCCGAAGCCUAUUGCUCAGGUGCAACCAGCGAGUCCGGCAGGAAAAAAGCCUGCAAUCGUUGCAACCACAUUAAAGCCACAGAGAUUGGUUCAAGAUCCCAAAUGCCUGCAGCCCUUGGAAACGGGUCCUUGUCGGAUGAACCUGGAGAGGUUCUACUACAACAAGGACACAAAAACCUGCGAGACCUUCAAGUACGGCGGAUGUCGCGGCAAUGACAAUCGUUGGGGAUUCCGGCAAACUUGCGAGGAGGCUUGUCUUCCAAAGAAUAAAUAAUCACAAGGAAUGUAA